AUGAUGGAGCAUAUGGAUCAGAUAAGGAUUACCGAUCUUCUGGAAGUGAAUCUUCGAGCUCUGAAGACCCAGUUGGAAGUUCGCAAACAAGACGCGUGCAAGAGACAGUGGCGGAUUAUAUCUCGGAAUCAUGUCGACAACGACGACAGAACUUCAUGUUAUUCAGUAGAACGUCAAGAAAAUAUAUAUGAUGAACAAAUAGCUGCGCCUUCAAAUAAUGAAAUGUUUGCAACCGAGUCCCAGAGCGUCUCUUAUAAGCCGAACUUUGAGCAUCUUAUCAAUCGAUCUAUUUCACAUAUUAUAGAAGAGUCAUGGUCUACAUCAGUUACUGAAAUACCUGAAUUCGAUUAUGCCCUGAAUGUGGUUCGACUUUGA